CUUUGAAUGACCUUAAUGCUUCACAUGUUAGCCAAUAAGCACAUGAUAAACAGGUACUCUUUUGAAACGUUGGAACAAGCUUAAUAGAGCACAUAUAUGUUGAUAUAAUACCAACCAACAAACGGUGAAUGAUGAUUAACCCACGUUCGUGGAUGUCUGACCUUCCCUCUCAUAUAUCACAGAAGGCCCUUAAUCUGAUAAGCAUUCCAGGUAGUCAUAAUUCAUUUACGUAUUCGAUUACUCAACGUAGUCCUCCUUCUCCUGAUGGUCCUAUUUUCCGUUUGGAUACAUGUUUACCUCGUCCAUUUUUAAGCCGAAUAUUGUAUCCUUGGAGUGUGACACAGUCACUAAGUUUAUUCGAUCAACUGGAAGCUGGGAUUCGAUAUUUUGACUUUCGUAUUUGUGCACGACAAAAAUGUUUGAAUAAAUGUAAAAAUGAUGAAUCUGAAUUUUAUUUAGCACACGGACUGUACGCAAACCUGUUAUCUACAGAACUUCAGAGCAUUCUUGGUUUCCUCAAAGCCAAUCCGAGAGAAGUUCUUAUUGUGGAUUGUAAUCAUUUUUAUAAUUUUGAAACUGAUGAACAGGAAUAUUGUUUUGAAUCAACUGUUUUAAAGAUUUUAGAUAAUGUUAUGUUCCCUUAUCAAAAAAAUAUUCCAACAUUAGAAGAACUUUGGAGUGCUAAGCAACAAAUCAUAUUUAUAUCCUGUCAUCGAGAAUCCCCCGAGAAGAUCCAUCCAAAAUUUUGGCCUUCUAGUAGCAUAAAAUCAUUUUGGCCGGAAACUGUUGGUCCACGAGCUAUGAUUUCAUUCCUAAAUAACCAUAUUAAACCACAUCUUCAUAGACCUGAUAAUAUUUUCUCUGUACACCAAGGUAUUCUUACUCCAACUUUAUCAUUCAUUUUACUGCAUCCAUUUAGUUCAGUUCAUCGUUUAGCUAAAAUAGCUGGAAAGUAUUAUCAACAAUGGUUAAAUAAAGCAGAUCAGUUAGCUGGACCAGAUGGUAUUAACAUCACACUUAUUGACUUUUUUGCAACUACUUACCCAACAUAUAUACGUGAUGUUGUAUCAAUAAACUAUAAAACAUGGCCAAACGAUAAAACAUCUACUUAAGGUUUUUUUUAUCACCAGUGUUUUAUUAUUUUUUGAUUUUCAAUUUUAUUUAUUCCCACUUUCAUACUUCCCGAGUUAACCGUUAUUUUUUAUAAAUACGAUUUUAAUUUUGAUAAUUCUUUUCAUUUAAUGCAUAUGGUUACUCCCUUUUUUUGUAAUAUUUAAAGAAAAAGAAUAGAAAAGCUAAAGAAGAGCUGUUUUCUUAGUUAACGUACAAAUUAUGGUGUUUUUUGGAAAUGCUUACCUUCAGUAUUCCUAUUCAACUUCAUCAUAUGAGUACUGGACGAUGCUAUUCGUUUCCCGUCUUGUUUUUGUGUUAAUCAACCAAUUUAUUUCAAGUAUACAAAUGUGAUGUAUCUCAUUUAGACCGAAAUGAUACUAAGUGUUUGUUUUAUGAACAUAUUGAUUAGGACAAUUAAAAAUAUUUAAUACAUGCUUUGAAUUUGUCAAAUUUCAGAUAACACUUCAAGAUUAAUACAUUAAUCAAUAACAAUUUACAUCAUCCUCAAAAGUGGGCUGGUAGCAAAAGACAAUUUGACAUAAUUGUAAUGAUGAGGAUGAUGAUUGAAAUCUUGGGUAGUACAGUGUCUAGUGGUCAAACAUUAACGUGCCACAAAUACUGUACUUGAACCGUUUGUUGGUAUCUGUUAUAUAUUACAUAUUAUCGGAAAAAAGCAUCAGUGAUUUGGAAAUAUUCAUAUUUUUUCUUCUUUGAAUACUGAACACCAUAUAUACAAAACUAUUAACUAUCCUAUUUCAGUUAUUAUUCAACUUAUAAUUAUGCUAUUAGGGGGUAAUAUCAACCUGUCUGGUUGCAUUAAAACUGUAAAAGUUGUCAUGUUCAGAUUAUCUAUUCCUUUUUCAGAAGAUUUGCAAAGAAUUGGUAUGCUAGUUUAAUUUAACAGUGUAACAUGUAGCUUUUAUAGUUUGUUUAAGCAUACCGCGUUAUUAUUAAAUUGGAAAGUACAAAUUGUUUACUUGACAUGAUAUUCCAAGUUAAUUGAAUAUAGCCUACAUAAUAAAUUAUUAAUACACCUGAUUCCCAAUAAUAUGUUGUGUACACAACAUGUUAGAUCUUACCUAUCAAGCUUUUUCUCGUGAUGUUGAAAUACUACAGUAUAGUGAAAGUUGAGAUGGUGGAGAAGAUUUGUAGCUCAGGUGGAUGAUUUUGGUAGUUUCUCUGAGCUGGAUGGUUUGGUCCAAACCAUCCAGCUCAGAGAACAAAACUCCACCAAAAUAGUGAAGGUACAUAUUAUUGACUUUUUUUCACUGAUUAUCUUCAUAUAAAUUCAGUACUAUUUGUUUUAGUAGUAGUGCUCUUAUUCCAUGAUGAUAUGUCUGUCUCACAAUUCUAAUGGUCUAUAAAUUGAAUGAAACUACAAUUAAACCUAUUUUUCAGAAGUCUUAUUAUCAUUUAAUUGAAAUCAAAACUAUCAAGAAAAUUCCUUAUUAAACAAAUUGAAAAUCAGUGGGUAUUGAAAACCCUUGUUUAGUCAAUUGGUUUCUGCACUGGGCCACCUUUUUAUCCAACUGUUCUUUUGACCAUGGUAACUCUUCAUAGCCUGUGAAUGAUGACCCGAUAAAACAUAGUUUCCCCUGAAUAAAAAUUAAACAGUCACCCGGUUUCGGUCGUCCAUUAUAUCUUUUUAGUAAUAAUGGGCAUUCCUGAGAAUUAUUUUCAUUAUUAUUUAUAUUUUGCGCUAUAUCAUAAAUCAAGAAUCGAUAGUCUGCCAUUCUCGUAGAUAUUGAUGCACAUGCUCCAGUUCCUGCAAUUUUGCAUUUAUCGUGUAAUUUUUCUGAGAAAUGAUCACUUGCAGUCACAAUAUGAAUCUUAUCAUUCACAGUACGACUACUUGUUGGUAAUGUAUUUUGUUGUUUUAUAUAUAACUGGCAAAGAAGAUCACAUAUACCAAUAUGAAUCCCAUCUGGCAACCUAAAUGCUUUCCUACACUACGUUGGAUUUUUGGCCCGGAUUAUUAUUAAAUAAUACUAUUGGAUUCAGUCUCUCUCAUUACGCCGUUGGUGCAAUUUUGCGCAGAGGAAUCUUCGUUAAUCAAGUGAACUCAUUUGUGGUUGUUAUCUCAGAGAGCGGUUUACAAGUAACAUUCCUUUCAUAACAGCUGUUAUUACCUUGUUGUUUAAUAUACCAUUUGUAUUCUAAC